GAGAAAGGCCUGAAGAAACAGAGGGAAAAUAGUUAUCGGUAGAUCGUCAAUCGGAAAUUGUAGGGUUUCAGAACUCUGCAAGGGAAUGCGGAAAGAUGAGAUUAGCUUCGUUGAUUCAGUCUGAGUUGAUCGGGAGAUUCAAAAUCUUCAUCGUCGGCGGCAGAAAUUGUCACCGGAAACACGUCGAGGACGGGUGAUCUGAUUCCUCUCUUUCUCUUUCUCCUCCCUCUUUUUCCUCUUUUACUUAGAUUUAAUCUGUAUCUAAAUAAAGAAGGAGUUAAGUGAUCUCGAAUCCGGCGGCGGAUAUGGCGGAUAAAGGCAGAGAUGGUGGCCACUCGAGUUUACUCGACGGGAAGUACGAAUUAGGCCGUCUUUUAGGGCACGGGACUUUUGCAAAGGUUUACCAUGCUCGAAAUCUGCGAACGGGGAAGACUGUUGCGAUGAAAGUGGUUGGUAAGGAGAAGAUCAUCAGAGUCGGCAUGACGGAGCAGAUCAAGAGAGAGAUCUCUGUGAUGAAAAUGGUGAAGCAUCCGAAUAUUGUUGAGCUUCAUGAGGUGAUGGCGAGUAAAUCGAAGAUCUACUUUGCGAUGGAGUUUGUGAGAGGCGGUGAACUGUUUACCAAAAUCGCGAAAGGUCGGUUGAGAGAGGAUGUGGCUAGGGUUUACUUUCAGCAAUUGAUCUCUGCGAUUGAUUUCUGCCAUAGCCGUGGUGUUUACCAUCGCGAUUUGAAACCGGAGAAUCUCCUCCUCGACGAAGACGGUAACCUUAAGGUCACUGAUUUCGGCCUCACCGCCUUCUCGGAGCACUUGAAGCAGGACGGAUUAUUGCACACUACAUGCGGAACUCCAGCAUACGUCGCGCCGGAGGUCAUCGGAAAGCAGGGAUACGAUGGCGCUAAGGCGGAUCUGUGGUCUUGUGGAGUGAUCCUCUACGUUCUUCUCGCUGGAUACCUUCCAUUUCAGGACGACAAUAUGGUGGCGAUGUACAAGAAAAUAUACAGAGGCGACUUCAAAUGUCCACCGUGGUUCUCAUCCGAAGCCCGGCGUCUCGUCACGAAGCUUCUCGACCCGAAUCCAGUGACCAGAAUCGGGAUCACGAAGAUCACAUCAUCGUCAUGGUUCAAGAAAUCGGUACCGAAGUCUAUAAUUACGAAGGAAGAACAAGAAGGAAUCGAGGAAAAUUUCACGAAAUCGAAGCAACCAGCGGAGACAUUAAACGCAUUCCACAUAAUUUCCCUAUCGGAAGGGUUCGAUCUGUCGCCGUUGUUCGAGGAGAAGAAGAGGGAGGACAAAGAGGAGAUGAGAUUCGCGACAUCAUCGCCGGCGAGCAGUGUGAUAUCGAAGCUUGAGGAAGUAGCAAAGGCGGUGAAGUUCGAUGUGAAGAAGAGCGAAUCAUGGGUUCGAUUGCAGGGGCAAGAAAAGGGGAGGAAGGGGAAACUUGCAAUUGCGGCGGAUAUCUUCGCCUUGACGCCGUCGUUUGUGGUGGUGGAGGUAAAGAAGGACAACGGAGAUACUUUGGAGUACAACCAGUUCUGUAGGAAGGAGCUCCGGCCGGCGUUGAAGGACAUUGUUUGGACAUCUCCGACUGAGAAUUCGACCCCAGCUUGAAAAACCUGAUUAUUAUCAGAUUGGAAAUCGAAGGAUUCAUGAGACUGUGAUUGGAUUAUCUAAUGAAACAUGAUUUUGUGAAA